UAGUGUAACAGUGCUGCACUCCCUGCGGCUGCGAUAGCUAUAUGAACAAUGCACAACAGUCUUCGCUCAACAGUGUGAAACCGCUACUUGAAUCGGACGAAGUACCUUUGCUGCAACUGCAGACAAAGUUGCGGACACCAUGGCCAAUUGCGAUAGCACCUAUGUGAGCCUGUAUGAAGACGGGCUGGACCCUAUGCCAGAUGAGCAGGCCGACCGUGUUGUUGUUAUUAUCGGGCGAACAGGAGCGGGAAAAUCCGCCAUGGCGAACGUGCUGGCAGGUAAAGAGAACCUUUUCCAUGAGUCUUCGGCAGGUAUGACCGAGCCGAGUGAAACGCCGACCGAGCUGGUUGCGGUUCAUUUCGGAGGUACUCGGUACGUACUGAAGAUUGUGGAUACCAUUGGCAUUGGUGACAAAAAGCUAAAGCCUGUUGAAGUCCUCAAUCAGCUUGCCCAUAUUGCGAGUAAAUGCACCGGAGGAAUAAAUCAAGUGCUGUUCGUCAUCCAAUCUCGCUUCACGAAAGAAGAGGAAGACGCCUUGAGGAGUGCCAUGUUUCAAGGUGAAGUAAUCCAAUAUACCAGUAUAAUCUGCACCAAAUGCGUCGAGUAUGAAGAUCCAGCGGAGGAGAUCAGGUUGAAGAAAUACUUGCAGGAGAUAUCGCCCGUCAUGGCGUCCGUUAAGAAAUUUCUCUUGGUAGACAAUCCUCCCACGACGAGGAAAAUAACCCGCGAAACAGCGAUGGACGACCGACUCCAAUCUCGGAAGCGAGUUCUCGGACAUCUCAUAAUGAACUGCAAAGAGAGAUAUUCACCAGACACGCUGCAGCGCAUACAAGAGAGAGUCAAGGACAAGAUUGACGAGGAAACGAAACUUGAACGGUUGCUAGAACCAACCAAGAAGGAGCAAGCGUCAUUGCAGAAGGAGCUGGCCAGCAUCCAACAGACCAUGGAUACCCAGAGGCAGACCAUGGAAACGCAGAAACCUCAGAUUAACAGGCAACUGAAAGAAAUGAAAGAUCAAGCGGCUCAAAACAUGAUCUCUGCGGAUCAGUUUGAAAGGCAGAACAAGGAGUAUUUGGGCCGGUUAGCAGCAAUGGAGGAGGCUAAACGCAGGGCAGAAAGUGAAGAAUCGCAAAUUAAACUGUUGCAAGAGCAGCUCUUAACCCAGAAAAAACAGCAGAUCGAGGUUAUGAAAGCCCAAUACCAUGCCCAAGUUCAAAUGCUGAAUGCUAGGAUCCAGCAACUGGAGCAGCACCGAACCCAGCAAGAGCAGCUCCGAACCCAGCAAGAGCAGCUCCUAACCCAGAAAAAACAGCAGAUCGAGGUUAUGAAAGCCCAACACCAUGCCGAAGUGCAAAUGCUGAAUGCUAGGAGCCAGCAACCGGAGAGUGCGAAGGAACUGGAAACUUUGAAGCGGGCGCGAGCUGACCUUUAAGCAUACAAACAGCGUCGGUGGUUCUAGAAGAUUUCUAACCUUUGAACUAAAAACUAAUAGUAAUAGGAACUGGACCAUGCUUCUGAGGAACGAUAAGCUAUGUGUGUAUUGGGUAUUUUCUAUUUUUUCGACGUCCUAUUAUCGAUUGUAUUCCGCAUGAAAAAUCUUUUCUGAAGUAACGUGAUCAGAGUGGUGUGUUCCUGUCAAGUUUUUCACCUCGCAGUUCGUAUAUAAUAAAUUAUGUACGUUACACUUUCUUCCAUCUGUUUUACUUUUUGUUUCACCUACUUGGUAUUCAUGUACAUGUAUGCAUUUUCUAAAGAUAAUGCAUAGUAGUACCCGCAUAAGAGCUUCAGUAGAAAUCAAGACGCAAAGUACACAUCCCUUGCUGAUUCCUAAGCACAUUCGCGAUCCAUUUCUUUAUAGUGUGCUGCAUCAGUGAAUAUUUCGAAUACAUCAGUUCUAGUGAGCUGCAGGUGGGGGCAAACGGGUUUGUCGAUACAGUUUUGUCUCAAAAUAUUUCCCCUUAAUAGUGAUGGUUAUAAUGUACUAGUAGUGCGAUGCAGUAUGCUGUUUUCAUCAUUUCAGUUCCCUUUCUAAAAAAAUCGAGUCACGUCUUGUUUUGAUGUUCACAAACUGGCAUAUUUAAAUCAACAGAAUUGACGAACGUUACAAACGUCGCAUACUGAA